AUGGCGGUCCAACCUAAUCCAAUGACGGCGUGGCCUUCGAUCGGAGAACGAACCACACCGGGAAAUUACACUACGGCAGAUCCAACAGCAAAUCAAGCUACUGGAAAUCCAAAUCCGAUCCCCUCGUCUUCCACAACUAAUGCCAGAGAGGUAAAAUUUGACCCUCAGGCUCACUCAAAUCCUUACUUCUUGCACAUGAAUGAAAAUCCGGCACUGGAAUUAGUCUCAUUCCAGUUAGAUGGCUCAAACUACCAUCCUUGGGCCAGAGCCAUGACUAUGGCCUUAUCCUCUUGUGGUAUCUGGAAUGACCUCAAGAGGAGGUUCAAUAAACAAGACCUCUUUCGCAUUGCAGAGAUCAAUUGUGAAAUUUACCAAACUAAGCAGAGAGACAGUUCACUGAAUGAGUAUUUCACUAGGCAAAAGUUAUUGUGGGAUGAAUUGAGUAUUCUUAGGCCCUUGAUGAGUUGUACCUGCAAUGUUAAAUGUGAAUGUGGCAAAAAGAUUGAUGAAUUGAAUGAAUACUCUAGAAAAGAUAAGCUAUCCAUCUUCUCGAUUGGAUUGCAUGAGAAGUACACAGGAGCUAGGAACCAAAUUAUGCUUAUGAGGCCUUUGCCUGAUGUUAAUGAAGCCUAUUCAAUGAUUUCUCAACAAGAAAGACAGUUUCAAAUGGCUGAUAUUGGCUUUGGAAGCCAACUACAACAAACUGGGGAAAGUAACACCACAGGCAGUGUGUUUAUGGCUAGAACAGAUGGAAACUCUCAGGCAGGGUUCAAGAAGUUUUCAACAACAAAUAAAAGACCUGUGUGCACACAUUGUGGCUACACAGGGCAUACAGAAGACAAAUGCUAUAAGAAGUAUGGGUAUCCCCCAGGCUGGAGACCUAAAUCCAAGAAUCGAGGCUAUGCAAGUGCAAAUCAAACACAAGGAUCAUCAACACACCAGCAGACUAACAGUAAUGGGGUGUCAUUCACUCAUGAUGAUUUUGCAAGGUUUCUUGAGUUCAUGCAGUCCAAGAAACCAACCAGUGAGAGCUUGAAUUCACCUUUUGAUCAACCCCCAAAGGCUCUAGUCAACACUUUAUCCACUGGUUUCCAGAAUGAAGGUAUGCUUCCUUCACUCAACUCUGUUAAAAUCAACAAGAAUGACUGGAUUGUGGAUAGUGGUGCUACCCACCAUAUUAUUUGUGAUUUGGAAAUAUUAAGUGAUCAAAAGGAAGUCCACAAUUUACAUGUUGAUUUGCCAAAUGGCCAACAAGCUGCUAUUAGCUUUACUGGAUCAGUUCAUCUGUCUGCUGAGCUUAUUUUGCAUAAUGUGCUUUAUGUUGCUGGUUUCCAUUAUAAUCUGAUUUCAGUAGGAGCUCUUGCUAAGAACACCAAAUGUGUCAUAGAAAUGCAGUCUGAUAAGUGUGUUAUACAGGAUGCUAUCCAUGGGAAGGUGAUUGGAAGGGUUGAGCUGAGAAAUAGCCUAUACUACCUAGUCUUUCCAGUUGAAUAUUUGUCUGUAUGCAAUUCCAUUUCAAUUGCCAGGGCUCUUAGGUUUCAGGCCAAUCUUCCAGAGAAGUUUUGGGGGGAAUGUGUUCUACAUGCUGCUUACAUAAUAAACAGGCUCCCAUUAACUGCUCUAAACAACAAGAUUCCCUACCAAGUCCUAAUGAAGAAAGUACCUCAGUUCCAACACUUAAGAGUUCUUGGAUGCCUAGCCUAUGCUACUGUGCUAGGACCUAAGUCUAAGUUGGAUGCAAGGGCUAGGAACUGCAUCUUCCUUGGCUAUGCUAAUGGUGUGAAGGGCUACAAGGUGUAUGAUCUCAAAUCCAAAGAAAUGUCUAUAUCAAGAGAUGUGAUUUUUUGUGAGGACAUUUUUCCUUUCCAGCAGGUUGAUGAUGCAGGGAAUGGAACCCCUCAGAUCAUACUUCCCACUGAUGGAACUAUUCCCAUUGAGUUUCCAGAAAUUCCCCAGGGACAAGCCACUGAAUGUAGAAUCCAGACAAGUUCUAAUUCUGGAUGUGAAUCUCCUGAUGAGCAGAAUGUUGAGCAGACUCAUUCAUGGAGUGGGACAAAUGAGCAGAUAUAUGAUGAUGAGCAGGUGUCAAAUGAGCAGGUGUCUGAUGAUGUGGCUCAUAUCCCUCCCUCUGAGAUUCCCCAACAACAAGUUAAUAGAAGGUCAACCAGGCAGAAACAACCUCCACAUUACUUACAAGACUAUGUAUGUCAAAGUACAUCUGUAAAGACAUCUCCCCAUGACAUGUGCAAAGUCCUCAGUUAUGACAGACUGUCACCACAUUUUCAAUCCUUUGUUAUGAACAUUUCCUGCCAAGUUGAACCAAAGAAUUACCAAGAGGCAGCAAAGUAUGAAUGCUGGACAAAAGCCAUGAAAGAAGAGAUUAGUGCACUGGAAAAGAAUAACACCUGA